CUCAUACCUUUCCGUAAACGGUACCAGUAAGAAAAUCGGACGAAAAAAAUGGAGUCACCAUUACUUUACCGUCUUCGGGAUAUCAUGCUAAUUAAUGAUGAAGCGUGUCUAAGUUGUUCUUGUAUGAUACGUCGUAAUACAAUAGCACAAAUCGAAAAAUGGAAAUUCACGGAAUAAUCCUUGUCCACCUGCAGGUGAUUACCUUGUACAUUUUUGAAAUCUCCAGUUGCAAAUGUAGGUGUACAUCAUCAUGGACAAAGAUAAAACGAUGCCAGCAUAUGGCCUGCGGUUUGUUAUUGUUUUCACGCGGCCUCACAGUGUGGAGUCGUCCUGGCAACGGCAUUCCUUCUCCACGUCUUCAUGGUCGCGGAAAGUCGUUCAUCUUCUGUCGGUCGUGCAAGAACUGAACUGUCGUAAAACCGUUGCUUUUUUUGGAUCAUCGUCAUUGAUGAUGUGAUCGCGCUUGCAAUUCUUGCGGUCAACAGCAGAAGAUCUCCACAUUUAUACGAAGGUUUACUUCUUACUUGUUUUCAUGCACGACCGAUAAUUCAACCUUUUAUCUGCUCAACCUUUAUUCCUGAAAAAUGUAGCGGGGCCGGCCGCGAUGGUGGAAGAUGAGAGGGCAGCACAACCGCGCCGGUCUUACGAUCGUGCUGCUCUUGCGGUAAGAGCUCUUCCAGCGAAGACCCGUCGAUCUCCAUUUGUGUGGCGCACCUCUGCAGGAGCCUUUGAGUGUUGAGACAAAAGGUAAAAAACUCGGGCGGCAGGGGCUCCUGCCACGACAGCGCGCCGCGGGAGUGUGUUGGACAAGCAGAAGUUUCUGCGCAAGUACAAAAAAGUCAUGGGCGCCUUAAUUCGGCGGAAAGGCGUGGACUAUUUGGUCCUUUCGCUUUUCGUGAUCUACCUCGCCGGCAUCACCGCACGAAAAUUUUACCAACUGGUUUUUGAUGAAGCAAACAUGCCGGCCGAUUGGGUAUGAGUCUACUUAUGCUGACCACUAAUUAGGCAGCAUUCUGUUGCGCUGUAGCACUUCUUGUUUUGCGUAGACGAAGACGGACACCUCCUCCACCUAAUUCCUGGCGAGCAUGAUGAUGAUGUUAUGAUGAUGAUGAUGAUGAUGAAUAUGGUUUGUCGUAUGUUAGAAAUCCAAAAAACCUAUUUCUCCCGUUCAGGCGACGAACUUCAUGCGGCGGUAUGCGUUUCAGGGAAUCGCGGGCAUUUUCGUUGUGAUCGGGAUCUGCAUCAUUCUCGAUGUCAUGGGUUACCUCACCGGCGAGACCCCCUGGGAAGGCAUGCAAGAAUACACGCUCGGCCUGAUGGCAAUAAGUGUCGUCUUUUCACUCUACAUGUGGAGGGAGCAGAGCGUGGACGCGGCGUUUUGUGUCGCGUAAGAUUUUUGUUCUUGUUUCUUGAUAUUUGCCCGGAGUUCUUGUAUGUACUUGAGGCCGGCGUACUAGGACUAGGAUUUUGUUGUGCCGCAAAAUCAAUAUAUAACAGGAUUCGUUUCAUAUUGAUAUUCACUCCCGCAAAAUAACAGCAUGCUGAUUUUCCUCGUCGGCGUCGUCUUCGGUUUUUUGAAGAUUUUCUUGCACGCGCUGUUAUGAACUGCAAAAGUAUCGUACUAGUAGCAAUUGCAAUACAAAUUAGCUCAGCGUGACAAAUGGAAUUUGUCAUGCUGUUUUGCCUUGGGAUGGAGAUUUGUAAUGCAUAACUGCGAUUACUACGAGUGCGAUACUUUUGCACAGGAUAGCUGUCCCUCUACAACGAUAGCUGGAACAUCGGGCUGAUGCUGCUUCUCGCCUACGUCUCCCUCAUCGCGUUCUACUCCAUACAGUACCAGCGCCGCCGACGGCAGAACGAGGCCAAGGGGGAAGCGAUCAAGGACAAACUUUACGACGACAUGCUUCGGUCUUUUGCGUAUACGGUCCGGUAUAGCAACACGCUGUACUACUGGGGCAUGGUGUACUGGGUGUUCCAAAUUGAGGAAUACCUAGAAAUACAUUUAGUCGGCUGGGCCGCGCUGCUCUUCUACUACGUGGUUCUAGUCCACGUCGUCAUGGGGUGCUGCAGAGAAUUCCGAGAAAAUGACUUUUAGAUAGAGCUAGCAUGACGGGCAGUUGUUGUAGUACUGCGACGAAGAUGAACAAGAUCCAAAGCUGACGCUUGCGUUCGCUCUCAUUGGCUCCAUUCCUCUACUGCACUGCGUGAACCAGAGGAGGAAAUCGAG